AUGGCAAUCGCAUUGGCGGAGGCAGACAAGUAUGAAGUCCUAGAGAAAAUCGGUUGCGGUUCCUUUGGAAUCAUUCGCAAAGUCAAGCGGAAAUCCGACGGUUUUAUACUAUGUCGCAAAGAGAUCAAUUACGUCAAAAUGUCCCAGAAAGAGCGGGAGCAACUGACCGCAGAAUUCAAUAUUCUCAGCUCUCUCCGACACCCGAAUAUUGUUGCCUAUUACCACCGGGAGCACCUCAAGGCAAGUCAGGACUUGUAUCUUUACAUGGAAUAUUGCGGCGGCGGUGACCUUAGCAUGGUCAUCAAGAAUUUGAAACGGACGAACAAGUACGCAGAGGAGGACUUUGUCUGGCGCAUACUGUCACAACUGGCAACUGCUCUAUACCGUUGCCAUUACGGCACGGACCCGGCAGAAGUAGGACCAAAUGUGCUGGGUCCUGCUCCAAAGCCUUCCGGUCUCAAAGGGAAACAGGCCCAGAUGACCAUUCUGCAUCGUGAUCUCAAGCCCGAGAACAUCUUCCUAGGGACAGACAAUACCGUGAAACUCGGUGAUUUCGGCUUGUCCAAAGUGAUGCACUCCCACGAUUUUGCAUCUACUUAUGUAGGCACUCCCUUCUACAUGUCGCCUGAAAUCUGCGCAGCGGAAAAGUACACCUUGCGUUCCGACAUUUGGGCCGUCGGCUGCAUCAUGUACGAACUUUGUCAAAGGGAGCCUCCUUUCAACGCCCGCACACACAUCCAGCUCGUUCAGAAAAUUCGCGAAGGCAAAUUCGCUCCAUUGCCGGAUUUUUAUUCAACAGAGCUCAAGAAUGUUAUUGCGAGCUGUCUGCGUGUAAAUCCUGACCACCGUCCCGACACCACAGCGCUCAUUAAUCUCCCGGUUAUUCGCUUGAUGCGGAAAGAAAUGGAAAUCACAACUCUAUGCAAGACUAUUCGAAAGCGGGAGGAAGCCGCGGUGCAAAAGAUGAGGGAAGUGGAACAGGCUGUCUCCAAACUCGAAAAGGAGAAACAGCAGAUCAAAAGCGACAUCGAGAACACGGUUCGUCGGGAGUGGGAGGUAAAGGCCCGCCUAGAGAUCGACAGGCAAGUUCAGAGCGAGCUUGACAGACUCCGUAAAAGGUUCGAAAGUGAAGUACAAGAGCGCGUGGCUCUCGAGGUGGAAAAGCAAAAACGAAGUGCAAACUUUAGGGACGGUGCUGGUCUACGAUCAAGCGGCCAUGGAUCCCAGUCUUCUUCCAGUAAUAACGACGACACUGACUACCCUUCGAGCACUGAUAUCAGCCAAUUGUCUUUGGAGUCUCCAUCCAACAAACCGACCAGGCCUGCAAAGAAAGAGACGCGUACCCCGUUCAGUCGCUCUAAAACGGUCGUUGAAUCUCCCAUGGACGUGCAGAUGGCUGAGCCAUCUCCUAUCUCAAUCGCUUCCCUUUCUUUGUCGCCUCGUCGCACCUCGGCAACUUACUCGGGCAAGAAUAUCUUUGCUGAAGGGGAGCGGCACCGCGCUAAGUGGGAACCUUCUAUAGCAUACUCUGAUGACGAAGAUGACACGCCUGAACUUCCGUCACCUACUCGUCCCAAGGUCAAGCCUGACCCUUUCAAGGCGCCAGCUCGCCCUCUUCUUCGCCAAAAUACGGCUGCUUUAAUGCAGAAGCUAAGCACCCAACCGCCUCUCUUUCCGUCCAACCCUUCGAGGCUACCUCACGUUUCAGGAAGCAAUCAGCCUGAUGGCCAUACGAGGGAAAACAAGUCCAGGUCUCCUCAUCGCCGCCUAUCCAAAAUCCCAUCAUCUGCCAACUUAGCUGCCGAUGCUGGCUCCCCAACCCGCAAGAGCGGCGCCAAGCAGGUCUUCUCCAAAGUGAACGGGGGUGGCGAAGAGAUGUUCAAGGCUGUAAUGCAGCGCAACAUGGGUGGCCGGACUUUGGUGGAACUUGCACAGGCACGUGCUGGUGGCCGUCCCAUCGAUGAAUUCAAGCGCUGUGCGAGUGAUUCCCGUACCGUGGCUUGCUCUGUUGCAUUGAAAUCUUCGGAUCGCGAUCCACCCGCGGUGUGGGAUCCCGAGAAAGACGAGAUGCCGAGUCCCUUCUUAGCCCGUGGAAGAAAGGUCCUUCGCAACCUGAGGUAA